UGGUCAGUCAAUGCUUUGAUUUCUAUCCGCUUCUGUCACCAAGUAUACGGAGGCCAUAUAUAGAUGUGCUCUUAAGUGACAAGACAGAUCAUCAUCAUCAUCAAACCCCGUCGUCGUCCCCAGGUGUUGCAACUCGUGGUUGCUCCUUCAGGAGGGGAUCCUCUCCCUCCGAUCAUUGUUCGGAUCCAACGAUGAUCGCUGAACCGUGGAGAUGUCAACACCAAAGGCGUCGAACUAAAAGCGGCAUUGCAGCGGAUCCUCACCCUUCUGCCGAUUCUAUAAACUUCGGUCAGCCCACUUCCCUCCGUCGCGAUUCCCUCACGAAACAGGAUCGAGGCCAGUAUGGAAUCCGUCGCCCGCCCGUUACCAAACCCUAACUUGAACAUCCGAACCCUCCCCUCCUCCUCCCCCCGCGGAUCCUUCACAGUGUCCCGCGUCACCUUCGAUCAGUGGCGAAAUCGCCCCCGCCUUAGAGCCGGGCGGCACCGACCCGUCGCCGCCGUCGCGAAUCCAAGGUCCGAGCACGACGUUGUUGUCGUCGGCGCCGGGAUCAUCGGGCUGGCCGUCGCACGCCAGCUCCUGCUCUCCUCCGACCUCUCUGUCGCCGUGGUCGAUGCCGCCGUCCCCUGUUCCGGUGCCACCGGAGCCGGGCAGGGGUACAUUUGGAUGGCGCACAAGACGCCGGGUAGUGAGACUUGGGAGCUGGCUGCGAGAAGCAAGCAGUUGUGGGAGGAGUUGGCAGAGAGUAUACGAGACCAGGGUAAGGACCCAGCAGAAGUACUGGGCUGGAAGAAGACAGGAAGUUUGUUAGUUGGUAGAACUUUGGAGGAGUCAUACAUGUUGGAAGAAAGGGUCAAGCUCCUAAAUCAGGCAGGGUUGCAAGCAGAAUACUUGCCUGCAUCUUCUUUGCAUUUGGAGGAACCAGCAUUGGAAAUUGGAAAGGAAGGAGGAGCUGCUCUUGUACCAGAUGACUGCCAGUUGGAUGCCUCUCAGACUGUUGCAUUCAUUGAAGAGGGUAAUAAGCAGUUCAAUUCACAAGGCAGAUAUGCUGAGUUCUAUAAUGACCCUGCUCUUUCUUUGCUGAGGUCUUCAUGCACACAAACGGUUGAAGGUGUUCAAACAUCCAAGAACAACUUGUAUGCUAAAAGAGCUGUUGUGAUUGCUGCAGGUGCCUGGUCUGGGCCCUUAAUGCAAAGCCUCAUUGUGCAACCAAAUCUUUUGCCAAAUAUACCUGUCAAGCCUAGAAAGGGCCAUCUUCUUUUAUUGGAGAAUUUCAAGGACUUACAACUAAACCAUGGUGUGAUGGAGGUUGGAUAUAUUGAUCAUCAGGUUUUUACCUCGUCCACCAGGUCUUUUACUCCAGGAGCAGUUGAGGAUGAUGAUAAUUUGUCAUCCAUAUCAAUGACAGCCACUUUAGACGUCAAGAGGAAUCUUCUACUAGGGAGCAGUCGCCAAUUUGUUGGAUUCAGUAGAGAAAUGGAUGAAUCUAUUGUUAAACGGAUAUGGGAUCGGGCCGGGGAGUUCUUUCCUGCUCUAAAGUCUCUUGAUAAUAAAAUAGACAAGAUACGAAUAGGACACCGCCCUUAUAUGCCUGAUGGGAAGCCUGUCAUUGGGCCAGUUCCUAGUUUACCAAAUGUUUUUCUUGCGGCUGGGCACGAAGGAAGUGGUCUUUGCCUGGCAUUGGGCACUGCAGAAAUGGUUGCUGAUAUGAUACUAGGGAACCCGAUAACAAUAGAUCAUACACCAUACAGUGUGGAAGGCAGAUUCUGCUGAUAUUUUAUUAGCUGCCAAUGAAUCCUUUAUCAUAGCUAAUAAGGCUGGCAGAUUUUGCUGAUAGCUGCUUACACACUCCCAAAAUCUUAUUUGCUGAAUUGAUAAGGUGCAAUUUAUCAACUUAAUUAAAUCUGCUCAUUCUUGAAAACUUGCUUGUAAUAAUAAAUGAAGGGUCACAAUAUCAGCAGAAGCAUGUUUCAUGUCUGAUGUUUCAAAAAACUGUAUAUUAUGGUUGUUUCUGGUAGGACUUUGUACAACUUUCAUGAUCAUAUUUCCCAUCAAGAAUCUGCUUUUGAUUACAAGAGGGGAUUGUUUUGAGUACAUAUCAAAGACAAAGACUGCUCAACCAAGAUGAAUGGGUUUUGAACUCUGUAUUUGCCGAAGCCUUUGAUUCGACAUUUAAUUUUCUGCAAGCUACGGCAGUAUGUCUAUUGCGGAAGAUUAGGGAAUAAUGAAACCAAGAUUUGCUCAUCUGAAGGCUCUACAAAGGGAGGUGUGAACAUGGCCAGUCAAGUCUGUUCUGAGCCACGAUAUGAUGCGCGCAAUUUGUACAGAAUAAAGAAAGUCGACUCAGAUUUGUUUACAUCACAAGGGUUAGUGUCUGAAAAUGAUCAUGCUAUAUGGUCCAUUUUGUUGGUGGUUGACUGUGAGCACUAAUCUACUGAAUCAUCACAAAUGUUCCAGGUAUCAGGAUGUCACUGGAUAUGUGCAGUGCCAUGUGAGUAGUAAUGUUACUGGGGAUGACACCAGCUCAUGUGAAUCAAGUUUGAAUCGUUUCUCCAAUGAUUGAUGUUCAGUAUGUAUCCGUAAGAGUGUCAGAUGAAGUGAAUUCCAAGCACCAAUACAUUCACUGUAUCUUGUAACAUUUUGGUAUGGAGCAAGAUCUUCCACCUGCA